ACCCCCGGCGGACGCCGCCCGCCCCCGAGACUUGGCAGCCGCACCCCGAAGGGCUUCUCCUGGGCUGCAGGCCCCGCGCCCAGCACCCGCGUGUGACUGUGCUGCGUGUGCGGCGGGCUGGGGCCUCUGAGAUCGGUCCGAAACGCCGCGGGACGCUGCAGAGCCCUGCCCCGCGCCAGCCAUCUCCGCCAGGCACCCGGCCGCCCCUUCUGCUCCUCGGCCGCAGAAUAACCUCAUUCUGGGCAGCGUUUCCUUCACCACAUCCCUCAGGGCGCAAUCUUACGCAGCUUCUCCGGGCAGUAAAACACUUCUGAAUGGCACCGAAUUAAAUGCGUCCACACGCUCUUUGUGCCAAUCCCAACCCAAACGAGUCCGGCCUGGAUUUAGAUACUUCCCGCCGCGUUUAUGAAAGCGGCCCAGAACCAGCCCGUCACCCAUUGGCGCAGCCGGAACGUUGGUCGCCGUGUCAAGCAGCCUAUGGGAGGGGCGGUUGAUGUUUAAAAACGGCCCCGCGAGCGGGGGAGAGGAGGGGGCGCGCGUGGUGUCUGCGCUACGCGGCUGUCUGUUCCCCUCUGCAGGUUGGAGUCUUGCUGUCUCCUCUAAGAAUUGCGUUGUUCCGGCUCCUCCUAGCGCCUCCUGGGGACUCUGGCCAGCGAUCUCAUUAUGCUGAAGAUGGCAACCCUUAUAUUCACAGACAAAGAGAAUGAAGGAGAUAUUGGUGCUGCUCCUAAGGAUCGGCUAAGGUUGUCCUCAGUAUCUUCAAAAGUCUUAUUUGAAAGAUCACAGACCCAGACUCCACUUGUUGGAAGAACAGCUAAUGCAACUCCAGCCCGGUCUCAGUCUGUCAGAAAGGCUCUGGGAAAUGUAAACAGGACUUUGGGAACCACAAACAAGAAGGAAAUUUGGAAACAGAAAAAACAGGUUUUGCCUGCCAAGAAAACUACUGGAAAGUCCACUCAAGUGGAAAGUUGCAAUGUGGCCACUGAAGAAGCCUAUCCAGAAAUUGAAAACUUCUUUCCCUUCAAUCCUCUCGACUUUGAGAGUUUGGAAGUUCCUGAAGAACACAGACUAAGCCACAUGUCCCUGACUGGGGUUCCUCUAUUGAUAUUUGACAAAAAUAUACCUGACAGAUGUAUAAACAUGGUCCCAUCACCUGUGAAGCUGUCCCAGAUUUCAUGGGAAUGUGAAUUGCUACAAUCAACUGCCAACUUUCUCUCUACCUUGGAUGAAAUCAUUGACUUGCCACCUUUUGAGUGACUUUUAAAGUGAAUUUGGAAGCUUUUUUUAAUUGAGCACUGAAUAGCUUUGAAUCUUUUUUGUAUCUUCUAAUAAUAAAGAACUAGGUUAACUUGCAUAACCAAAGACUU